AUGGCUGGCCGCUCAUCGGCCUAUGGCCGAGCGUGUUUAGGUUGCUUCAAAACCAAAUGUAAGUGUAUUCCUCGUACUGAGGGCAAUGGAUGCGAAAGGUGCCACCGUCUCAAGCGCCCAUGCCAUCCCGCCGAUGAGCUACGCCGUCGCGAUAAAAAGCAAAAGUCGUCGGACGCUCGUAUCGCACAACUCGAGGGCACGCUCGGCCAGCUAGUCUCACUGCUUCGGGUAGGUAAUGUUGACGUGAGCGCUACGGGCAGCGUCCAUAGCGACAGAGUUAAUGCAUGGUCGCAACAACAGCAAUCAUCGCCGCAACACCAACAGCAUCAACAACAGCCACCCCCUCCUACCAUUCCAUUCCCAGAUGUGGUCGCAGAAGGGACUGAAGGGGGCCGCACUGUAGAGGGCUCGCACGCUGCUUUUAUCAACGAAGACGACAACGAUACUGACUCCGACGCCGUUGAUGCCUCUACUUCCUGGUGGGAGAUGAACAAUGCGAAUGGGUCCAGCGCCAAUAGUAUCCCUAUAGCCACCCCCUCGUCCUCAACCGUAUCAGGCACGUCUACAUCGCCCUCUGUCUUUCCGUCUUCUGAAUCGUUAUCUCUUAACUCCUUCCGGUCGCGUAUGCUGCACCACUUCCCCUUUGUCCAUUUGCCUGCCCACCUUACGGCUGAGCAAUUGCGACUAGACCGGCCGUUCCUGUUCCAAGCUAUUGUUUGCGUGACAUCGGUGUCAGUUGAAGACAAGAGGGCAAGCUCCCUCGAACUGAAGUGUGCACUCUGUGAGAGGAUAUUUCUUCAAGAGCUGCCGCAGCAGAAACAGCAGCAACAAAAACAGCAAACAGUUGAUCUGCUACUUGGUCUCCUUGUCUAUAUUGCGUGGGGCUGGGAGCACCUGCGCAGCCGUCGCAGUCUGUCUCGACUCAUGGGGGUGGCCAUAUCGUUGGUCGGGGACCUGCGUUUUCUGGAUCAAUCUGUACCGGAAAUCACACGCACAAUAAGCCACCUGGAACCAAAAGGUGGAUUUGAUGAGGCGUAUGGCAACACGACAGCGGGUGCUGGGGCGACUGAUGCCCAGCCCUAUCUCGAGCGUCAGCGAGCCAUUCUAGGCUGCUUUGUGCUUGGGUCGGCGGUCUCAGCCCACUUCCCCGAGGUCGAUGCGCCACGGUGGAUACCUCAGAUGGACGAGGGCAUUACUGCCCUUAUAGCCAGCGGUCACAGCGUCGGCACAGAAUGUCCGUCUGAUGCUGCCCUGGCUAUUCAGGUCCGCCUGCAGCUGCUGGCCAUGAAGGCUGCUCAGGUCUGGGAGCGAGCCCAACUCCCCGACCAUCCCCCGCCGGAGUCUCUUUCGAUUCAAUCCCUUUUUUACAUCAAGACGUUGAUGAGCCAGCUGCAAGAGCUUAGGGCUUCUGUUCCUCCAGCAUGCCAGCAGCACUUUGGUAGGUAUCCGGCUCAGCCCAGAUUUGAAUCCAUAAGAUCAAAUAGCCUCCUUGCUCAGACGUACUACACAGAGAUGUGCAUUAUUGAGAGCGUCCACAUCCAAGACUCCGCUCGCCCGCCACCGCCGAUAUGUGGACCUACCCGCAUCUCCUGCUUUUGGCAGUCAGCACUGACAAUCAAGUCGUGUAUGUCGACUUUUCUGACCUUCUCGCCUUCUGGGUUCCGUGGUAUUUCUUUCAUCCAGUGGGCUCAGCUGGCACGAUGCGUGGCUACUCUGCACCAGCUUAGCACACUACAGGAGCCUGGCUGGGAUCCAGCCACUAUUCACAGGCUUGUCGAUCUGCCAACCAUGCUAUCCCACACUGCAGACAAGCUAGAGCUCGCUGCUGUUGAAGCUGGCGAGCAACCGGCGUCAGCCGACGGUGUAUUCACGCAAUUGGCUCGCGGUCUACGCCUGUUCCAAUCAGUAUAUCACGAUAGAGGAGCGCUGAUCCAACAGGAAAAGGAACAUAGAGCAAAAGAAGCAGGAGAUAGAGCAGGGAGUAGAGCGGAUGCGGGUACAGCGACAGUUGCGACUACGGAAGCAGAUACAAAUGCUUUGACAUACAGCCAUCAGGCAGGACACUCAACGAGUCCCACAUCAUGGCUGGAUCAGUUUUUUGUUGAAUAUGAAGAUCAGAUGAUACCUACUUUAUAG